AUCAAAUAUUUAGGCCUUACAUCUCAGUUUAUAAAAGCUUUUAGAAAUGGAAAAAAAAAACAAUGAAUCUUGGUCAGUUAAACUAAAGAACUGUUACUGCAGUGACCUUCAUCCAUCCAUAGACAGUAAGCCAUGAAUAAGAAAGGAGACAUCCCAGUUACUAAGGUUGGGGAGACCACUGUCCUGGAAUGCCUGGCUGCAGGGAGCCUCAAACCCAAAUUACUGACCUGGCUCAAGAACGAUAAACCGCUGGGGGUGACGGAACGCCAUUUCUUUACAGCCAACAACCAGUUACUGGUCAUUGUCCAGACACGGCCAGAGGAUGCCGGGAGGUAUACGUGUGAGAUGUCCAACACUCUGGGGAUGGAGAGAGGGACGUCCCAGCUGACUGUUAUCAAUUUGGAGUCCCCCUCACGUGGAAACAAUGGCGGUGGAUUGGAUGACGAGUCCACAACGACAGGGAUUAUAAUAAUAGCUGUGGUGUGCUGCGUGGUGGGAACGUCCUUGGUCUGGGUGAUCAUUAUUUAUCAGACCAGGAAGAGGAGUGACACAUACAGCAGUACACCUACAGAUGAGACAACUUUACCUGGUGACUUGACACCAUAUAAUCCAUCAGAUGAGGAACGGGAAAGCUCAAAGUCAGACCAGUUCCUGGAGUAUCAGGGACAUGUGUUACCCAUGUUCCAGUCACACCCCCGGUACGCCAAGUGCGGCAGCAAUGCACUCUAG